CCAAACCAUAACGCCCACCCAAAAAAGAGCUCCCAUCUAUCUCACUCUUCCAUGGCUUCCAAGCUAUCAUCACUCACUCCCAUUACAGACCUUACAAUCCACAGAAGCCCGAAAUUCCACACACAAUUUCUUCAAACCAGCGUUGUUUUCCGUUCCUUUUCAUCAUCAUCAUCAUCGCUUCAUACAAAACUUCUUAGUUCCGAGCUCAAUUCAAGGCGGAAUUCAUUUGUUUGUAGCAGUUCACUGAAACAGGAAACAGUUCAGAAUCCGACCGAAUCUCCUUCACCUCUUACUUCGUCUAAUAAGCUUGUUCUUGUCACCGGAGGCACUGGAGGAGUUGGACAAUUAGUGGUAGCGUCAUUGCUAAAUCGGAAUGUUAGAUUGCGCCUGUUACUCCGAGAUCCAGAGAAAGCAAAAACUCUAUUUGGAGAACAUGAAGAGGAGAAAUUGCAGGUGAUGAAAUGUGACACUCGAAAUGCAGGGGAUCUUGAUCCAUCAAUGUUUGAGGGAGUGACUCAUGUUAUUUGCUGCACAGGCACUACUGCCUUUCCAUCAAGGCGAUGGGAUGGAGAUAACACACCCGAAAGAGUAGAUUGGGAAGGCGUGAGAAACCUUGUGUCAACACUGCCUCGAUCAUUAUCAAGAAUCAUCCUCGUUUCAUCGGUAGGAGUAACCAAGUCUAAUGAAUUACCAUGGAGCAUCAUGAAUCUUUUUGGUGUUCUGAAAUAUAAGAAGAUGGGGGAGGAUUUUGUUCGUAACUCUGGCAUUCCUUACACAAUAAUAAGACCUGGUAGGUUGACAGAUGGACCUUACACAUCAUAUGAUCUAAAUACUUUGCUCAAAGCUACAGCUGGAGAAAGACGAGCUGUCCUUAUUGGUCAAGGAGAUAAACUGGUAGGAGAGGUUAGCAGGCUGGUAGUUGCUGAAGCUUGCAUACAAGCAUUGGAUAUAGAUUUUACUGAAGGUCAAAUAUACGAAAUCAAUUCAGUCCCAGGUGAUGGACCAGGAAGCAACACAGAAAAAUGGAAAGAAUUGUUUAAAGCUGCUCAAAUCCAAUAACAAGUGUUAUUUACCUUGUUUGGUUAUGUUGUAAUUAAGUUUUAAAAUUGUAUAUUGGUACAAGUUAUAUACAUAUUUAUAAAAAACGUAAAGAAUUAUUCGGUUGGUGG